AUGGCAGCUUCAGCUGCAACAACUCCCUUGGGUCCCUCGAGGAUACCAACUCCCGAAACACCAUUUACAAGGACAUGCGGCCCAGUUGUUUCUCAAAGUUCACACAGUUAUGCACCAAACGCUUCUAUCGCCCUCAUUGGCAUGCGAGGAAGUGGCUUGUCAACCCUGGCGGUCAUGGCCUCGAGCGCCUUGGGGUUUCGAAUUCUUGAUGCAGAUCAAUACUUUUACAAAGCCACCGGUCUUUCUCGAGCAGUUUACAAGUCCGCCAAUGGCAUCUCUCAAUACCGCCAAGAAGAGUUAAGACUGAUGAGAUCUAUGCUAUUCGACAAUCCGACCGGUGCGGUUAUUGUAUGUGGCCCCGGUGCUAUCGAAGGUACGGGAAGAGAGUGGCUCGCGGAGUAUGCCAAGGAUCAUCUCAUAAUCUAUAUCUUGAGGGAUGCUGAAGAAAUCCAACGACAUCUGCGUAUAUUCGACAUGGAGACUAUUCGGGAUCUCACACGUCGCGCGGCGCCAGCGUACAGGAAACUAUCAAAUUUCGAGUUCUACAACAUCUCUGAUAUGUCUCUACAUAAGCCGGAUACAGCAUCACCGCGAGCAUUGGCACUCAAAAAUGUGGAGGAAGACUAUCUCCAGUUAAUAUACAGCAUCACUCGACGAGAUGAUUGUAACAGCAAGUACAAAGCAAAGCACAGUCUUUCUUCCAUACCACUGGAAACUAGAAGGUUUACAUAUGCUCUAUUCCUACCACUAUCGACACUCAGCACUCUUAUCUCCGAGUUUCGGGGACUAGACACUGAAGCAGACGCGCUUGAACUCACAAUACCAGCCUCGAGUCUUGGCAAUGAGGUUGGAAUUGAUGACACGGCCGCAGACAGGAUAAGCAGGCAGUACUUCGUCGUUAGGAGGAAUGUCCGGCUUCCAAUAUUAUACCAUAUCGAAAUCGACGGGAACGAAGGGAGAAUCUCCGAGGAUGAGUAUUUCGAGCUCCUCCAUCAUGGGCUGCGCCUUGCUCCAGAGUAUCUUUGUGUGGAUCUCAAAUGCGACACCACCAAGAUCCAGAAUCUUAUUGCAUCAAAGAGAAAAACAAAGAUCAUUGCACACUACCUCGUUUCUGAUCCAGCAGAUGAUGGUUGGAACUUGCCAAAACAAUGGGCCAUGAUCGAAAGAGCUCAAAGUCUCGGAUGCGAUAUCAUCCGCAUCUGUCAAGAAGCAACAUCUCUGGAGGACAACUUCGCGGCCCAGCACUUUAUCCAUCGAGUCAAAUCGUCACCAAACCAUACCAUCCCUUUGAUAGCUUACAAUACUGGUCGUCUUGGACGCAUUUCAUGCUAUCUCAACCCCAUUCUCAGCCCAGUUACACAUCCACUUAUCCGAAGGCUGGUACCCAAUUGCCCAUCGAAUGCUCUCCUUACAGUCCAAGAAGCACAGAAGGCAGUUUUCUCAUCCUUCUUACUCGACGGUCAGUAUUUCGGCAUCUACGGAAAUUGCACAUCGCAGAGUCUGUCACCAGCCAUGCACAAUGCUGCCUUCAAGCUCCUAGGCAUGCCACAUCGAUAUAGCAUCUUUCUUCAUGAGUCAAUGGAUCAGCUUUUCGAGCUCAUUAAAGACAACACUUUCGGCGGCGCUAGUAUAACUGCACCUUUCAAGACUGCUAUAAUACCGAAGUUGGACUUUUUAAGUGAAGAGGCAAAGGCAAUUGGAGCUGUCAAUACUUUGCUAUGUCUUAAGGCGCCUACGAUGGACUCUUUACUGCAAAGAAAUAUAGCAGGGCCGACAGUGGCUCUUUUUGGUGAAAACACAGAUUGGAUCGGUAUCCAUACUUGCGUUCAGCGGAAUCUUUCUCCUAUAAAUGCCGUCAGAAGAAGAACUACUGGGCUCAUCAUUGGUGCGGGAGGUAUGGCUCGCGCUGCUGCCUACGCUCUUAUUCGGCUAGGUGUCAAGACUAUUCUCAUUUAUAACCGAACUCGGUCAAGAGCAGAAGAACUCAUCAGCCAGUUCUAUAGUCAGCACAAACCCACAAGGAGCGACACUGCGAUGAGUAGCAUCGAGAUAGAGAGCGGAAGCCAUGAUCGUCCUUCGUUUAGAAUCAUCGGUUCAAAACAGGACGCAUGGCCAGAAGACCUAAGCCUUCCAACAAUUGUCGUCUCAUGCGUGGCAACUCGAGAAGUCGAUGGCCAAUGCUCUGCGGACACGAGUCUUCCAGACCAUUGGCUCUCAAGUCCAACAGGCGGCGUCGCAAUUGAGCUUUCAUAUACACCCCUCGAGACUCCGCUGCUCAAGCAGAUAAAGUCAUUGGCAGAGAAGGGAUGGAUACCUGUUGAUGGCCUGCAGGUCCUACCAGAACAGGGAAUGAUGCAGUUUGAACUGUUCACUACGAGACGGGCACCGGCGAAUCUCAUGAGAGAAGAGGUGUUUAGAGCAUACAAGGGGCGUUUGGAAGAGGGAGCGAGUACAUGGGCAUUUACGCAAAAGCAGUAA